UGUGCUGAAAACAGUAGAAUACCUGACUUGGAGCUGUUAGUGAUAUAACAGUACGUAUUCUUGGCGGAUGUGAUUUGGGAACGUAGUUUUUGGGUCAAAAGCACUAACUUGACUUGGUGAUAACCCUGGCGCAUUAUUGCUCCCUGAGGAGAGACAACGAGCUUCUGUGAUUGGACCAUCCAUCACAACUGCGGUUAUCGAAAUACUUCUGCCUCGUGCCAUUAGGAGAACAAAUUAACAUCGUUGUUACUAGUUCGGUUCAUUAACCAGUCAGUCAGCUAAACAACACAGCCGCGAUGGAGUACUGCACGUCAUUCAAAGUUGUUCGCUGGCUUCUGUUAUUGACUUGUUUCAACUCGGUGUGUCCCACCAGCUUGGAAGAAGAUUGCAUCUGGCGAGGAAGCGGUGUUCCUCGUCAAGAAAGGCCAUCAGUAGUCAGCAUAGAGACCAAGUGUCACCAAGGGGAACUUCAUUGGUCAGACCCUUUUGGUGGCCUGCGAGUCACGUUCAAUCCACGUGAUGUGCACGCCGACUAUAAACUGUGUUUUACCGCACGGCAUCCUGGUGUAAGGAUUUACAUUGAGUGGGGACAGAAUUUGACUUUGUUGAGAGGAACUGAGGAAAACGAGACAAGAAAUGCAGUUUGCGUAAAGAGCUCCGCGGCGCAACGUCCAGUGUUGUACCUAGAAACUCAGGAAGACCAAAUAAUGACACAACUGAAUUACACUGUGCUGGUGAAUGGUAGAAAGAGACCCAUACAUAAAAGACGAAAAGAAUGCAAGCCAUGUCACUAUAGAGAACUGCUCAGAUCUUUUUGCGAAGCAAAUUUUGUUGUUCGAGGGUAUAUCAGGAGACUUAUUCCCGUCGGAAAUGGUCUGACUGAACAAGCUGAUUUUGAAGCAACAGAAAUCAUCAGACAAGAACAUGAAAUUUUUGUGAAACACGACGCAAACAAAUUCGCUGGGUCUAUCAAUGUUCCUGGUGGCUGCCAUUGGAGAGAAACAAUGAACCAGCUUUUAUUGUUGACGGGAAACCUUAAGGGUGGUAAAGGACCUGCGCUACAGUGUUAUAUUCAGGAAGAGGCUUGGGUCAACAUUCCCAAAGAAGACAUUCUGCAUUUCUGCAAAGUGGUUCAUGUUUAAUUGCGUUGACAACAUUCACCUGAUACAGGCCCAAGAGUCGACUGGACCCGUAGUUUUAUCUCUAAGUUUCGUGAUUUAGAACCCACCGGAGUAUUGACAUUACUCCCGAUUGGCUCUAAACAUGUAUUCGGGAAUCUUCGUGCCCUUCCUCACCAAACCUACGAACAUUUCCCGAAAAUAUACCGCUUUUUUCCCAGCCCAUGAACAGUAACGCGAUUUAUAACAUAUAACUCGUUUCAAGGUCGAGUAUAUGUAAGUAUUUCAAGAAUAGGAUGCUGGGGAAGUUUUUGGCUCGUCCCCGAUAAAAAUUAUCGUUUAUUACCAUCGGAAGAGAAAAUAAGAAAUGUAACUCAUUCGCCUUCGUGAGGAAAACUUUGGUUAAUUGAAACAACAAUGAACGUCCUAAAAUAUUAGUAAAAUUUGUGUUGCAAAGGAAAAAGAAAUAUACAGUUUUUCCUUGGCGCUCCUCGAAUUUCGCAGAAUCCUUGAAAAAUCAAAUUGGAAAGAACUUUUCGAUGACUUCUUCAAAUCCUCUGAACCCUUACGAGACAAGUCUAUUUAAAAUUUACAAAUCUUCGUAAGGAUUUCGUACUUGUUUGUAAAGCUACAAGAUAUAUCGAAUAGUUGUAAUGGUAAAAAAUAUAGAUAUUGUUAAUUUUAAGGUAAAGAGAUUAUUAUCUUUGUAAAUAUUGUACAGGACUCAAGUAAGACUUGAAAUAUUGUAAACUUUAAAGAGAGGCGCUUUCUUAUGAAAGUAUAACUAAGUAUAAAAUUUUCACUUAUGUAAACUUUGUA